AUGGAGACCAUCUGGAUCUACCAGUUCCGCCUCAUCGUCAUCGGGGACUCCACCGUGGGAAAGUCGUGCCUCCUGCACCGCUUCACUCAGGGCCGCUUUCCUGGUCUGCGCUCCCCAGCCUGCGACCCCACCGUCGGCGUGGACUUCUUCUCCCGCCUGCUGGAGAUCGAGCCCGGCAAGAGGAUAAAGCUGCAGCUCUGGGACACGGCGGGACAGGAGCGGUUCAGAUCAAUAACUCGAUCUUAUUACCGCAACUCGGUUGGUGGAUUUUUAGUAUUUGACAUUACUAACCGACGAUCUUUUGAACAUGUGAAAGAUUGGCUGGAAGAAGCAAAAAUGCACGUACAGCCAUUUCAGAUUGUAUUUCUGCUAGUGGGACAUAAAUGUGAUUUAGCUUCACAACGUCAAGUUACAAGGGAAGAAGCUGAAAAACUGUCAGCAGACUGUGGUAUGAAGUAUAUAGAAACCUCAGCAAAAGAUGCUACGAAUGUUGAGGAAUCCUUCACUAUCUUGACAAGAGACAUAUAUGAACUUAUUAAAAGGGGAGAGAUUUGUAUUCAGGAUGGCUGGGAAGGGGUUAAAAGUGGUUUCGUUCCAAAUACUGUGCAUUCUUCUGAGGAAGCAGUAAAGCCCAGGAAAGAGUGCUUCUGCUGA